UUUGGAAGUUUAACAAAAGAGGGGAGGAGGGAGGGGGCAUGGAUCCAGAUGCUGCUUAUUCCUCUCCCUGCGCUCUUCUCAAGUUACACAAGAUGAGGGAAGAAGAGAAAGAAGCUGCUCCCUGGGUUUUACAAGAGGGGAGCGGGUGUGAUAUCACAUGCUGACACGAUGACUGUGAGACGGGCGGCUGAGGUGACCAGAAAUAAGGAUCACACUCUGCACCAGUCAAGCCGCAGGGUGAACCCCACAGGUAAAGAGAACUCUGGAACUUGGCAAGAACUUCUUCAGUAUCACUUGAGUGUCAAAACCCAAACUGUAAGUACAUUGGUGCCAGACAUAUACAAACAAGAGGUUGACCAAGAGAAGACUCCAUUUAAAGGCCUGGAAAACUGGCCAAGUGACAAAGACUUACAAGGUUUGGGACAGAACAUGAUCAGCAACAAAAUGAUUAUUAAUGACCCAGUGAUGGAAAUUAAUGUCAAAGACCCAGGACUUAUAAUUAAAAAACAGCUGGGUAACACCAAGUCUUCCCCAUCUCCCCAAAAGAUCACCCUGAAGAAAACAUCGAGCAUCAAGGACAAAAUUUCGGAGUGGGAAGGCAAGAGGGAGACACUGUCUCCAAGCCCUGGUAGGGAAGAGCCUACAACUGUAAAGAGACAGGACUCCUUUGGUACCACUUUUGCAGAUACAGCUGUUGAUGAUGGAAGGAACCGUCAGAAAGUUAAUAUCAAAAGGAUGUUGAGUUGGGAAAUGGAAAAUAAGGACAUUGAACAGAGAGAGUCUCAGAAAUUUGAAAAGAAAACAGAAAAAGAGGACACCCUAACCACAGAAAGACUUCAGGAGCAAGUUCCAGGCACCAAAAAGGACCAGACAACUGUGCAGAACCAAGUGAAAAGGUUUGAACGUUCACUGAAGGACAGUCCUGCAGAUGGCCCUCCACUGUUACCUGGGACCUAUUACUCCCCACAGAGUUUACUGGAUUCAGAGAACCAGGAGAACAAAUUGGGGUCAAAAUCAAAAUGGGGAUCAGACUCUGAGAAUGCAGAGCCUAUAUUUGGGACUGUUGGAGAAGGCAGUGCAUCUCGAAGGACAAGCAAUGCUGAAAACGUUUAUACGGAGCCCGGGGCCCCUGAGAAGUCAAUACCUAUCAACCCCUUACCAAAGCCUAGGAGGACUUUUCGGCAUGACGGAGACCUGGGCUCAGUUAGAACAGGUUUACGGAAAAUAAACAGAGACUUACCUCCACUUCCUUGUAUACUUCCCCCUCCACUCCCAACAUCUCCACCUCCAUCAGCUGUCAGCAGGAGACUUUGGAAUAGCAAGCAUAGAAACAAUGGAGACCACAGAAAAUCCUAUGAAUUUGAAGAUCUAAUGCAGUCGUCAGAGAAUGGACGGGUAGACUGGUACGCACAGACUAAGUUGGCCCUCACACGCACUUUAUCUGAGGAGAACGUCUACGAGGACAUUUUAGAUCCCCCAUCAAAGGAAAAUCCAUAUGAAGACAUUGAGACGGACAGUCGGAGCAUAGGAAAGAAGUGUGUUCCAGGACCUGUGGCCCCUGUUCCUGGAACACUGAGCAAGGCACAGCAGAAGCCUCCUUUCUUCAGGCAAAACUCAGAGCGGCGCAGCUUCAAGCUGUUGGACAUAAGGAAGCUGGGGAGGGAUGGCGGGGCUUCUCCCAGUAAACUCAGCCCUCCGUCAUCUCCAAGCAGCCCGGAUGACAAUUUCUUCAGUUCUGGAGACCAACAGAAUGGGAGACGGAGGAGAAAAAUCCCAAAGUUGGUGAUGCGAAUUAAUUCCAUAUACGAGGUACGGCGGGGGAAAAAAAAGGUGAAGAGGUUGACACAGUCUACAGACAAUAACUCUGGGAGAGUGACUGAUGACAACAGUGAAUCGGACAGUGACACAGAAGAGAAGCUGAAAGCACACAGCCAGCGACUGGUGAAUGUCAAGUCCAGAAUGAGCCUCACCCCGCGGUACCAAACUUUGGAGCGAGAUCUCAUAGAGUAUCAGGAGCGGCAGUUGUUUGAGUACUUUGUUGUGGUGUCCCUGCAGAAGAAGCCAUCUGGUACUGUGUAUGUUCCGGAGAUCACCCAGCAGUUCCCGCUCAAGCUGGAGCGAUCGUUCAAGUUCAUGCGGGAAGCCGGCGAUCAGUUCAAAGCCAUUCCACAGUUCUGUUUCCCAGAUGCUAAAGACUGGACACCAGUGACUCAGUUUGACAGUGAGACUUUCUCGUUUGUGUUGACCGGGGAAGAUGGUAGUCGGAGAUUCGGUUACUGUAGACGACUUUUGCCCAGCGGAAAGGGAAAGAGACUUCCUGAAGUUUACUGUAUUGUCAGCCGGUUGGGCUGCUUCAACCUUUUCUCAAAGAUUCUAGAUGAUGUGGAGAAAAGGAGAGGCAUCUCUCCAGCUCUGGUGCAGCCAUUCAUGAGAGCCAUCAUAGAUGCUCCAUUUCCAGCUCUAGGAAAGAAGAUUUCAGUGAAGAACUUCCUACCUGGAUCAGGAACAGAGGUGAUUGAACUUUGCCGACCUCUGGAUUCCAGGCUCGAACAUGUGGAUUUUGAAGCGCUAUUCUCCACUCUCAGUGUACGGCACCUCAUACAAGUCUUCGCCUCUCUCCUUCUGGAAAGGAGAGUCAUUUUUAUGGCAGAAACCCUUAGCAUGUUGUCCAAAUGCUGCCAUGCCAUGGUUGCAUUAAUAUACCCUUUUGCCUGGCAACACACCUACAUUCCUGUGCUUCCUCCAUCAAUGAUUGACAUCGUCUGUUCACCCACUCCAUUUCUGAUUGGUCUGCUGUCCAGUUCUCUGCCCCGUCUGAAGGACCUGCCUGUGGAAGAGGUUCUCCUGGUGGACCUCGGUAAUGAUCGAUUCCUCAGCCAGAUGGAUGAUGAAGACUCCAUCCUCCCCCGGAAACUGCAAGCGGCUCUGGAACAGAUCUUGGAGCAGAGGAACGAGUUUGCUAGUGAAAUAGAAACGUCUGCUAAUGGGCAACAAGAUUCCAGCGCUCUCAAUGAUGUGGUAUCUGAGGCCUUUGUCCGCUUCUUUGUGGAGAUAGUUGGUCAUUACUCUUUAUUCAUGGUUCCUGGGGAGCAGGAGGAGAGGACGCUCCUCCGCGAUGCCUUUCGCAAAUCCAUCUCCUCCAAGAGUGUCCGCCGAUUCCUGGAGGUCUUCAUGGAGACUCAAACGUUUGGAGGCUUUACCCAAGAGAGAGAGAUGAGGAAACAGGGAACCAAAGGUCUGUUUGAGGUCAGGGCGCAGGAAUAUCUGGAGACGCUGCCGGGAGGGGAGCAGAGCGGAGUCAACAAGUUUUUCAAUAGGAUAGGAAGUAAAAUGUGGUUUCGUAACAAGAAAUAAAACUGAGGAUAGAAGACAGGACUUUUUUAAGUUAUUAACACGUUGUCUCCACUUACCCGGAUUUCUUACUGUUGGGAGGCUCCAAGAAAAAGGAAGCAAGGGGCCAAUCUCCUUGCCUUGAGUGGCCCUUCUCCUCGACCCUCCUCACAGAACCUGUUUGGGCUCCCUCUGCUGUUUCAUGCACUGGACAGACCUGAUAAGCUCACCAUUCAUACCGCAUCAGUGGCCACUAUCUUUUGUUCUUUAAGGGAUUUUUUUUUUUUCAAAACUUUAUUUAUAUUAGAAUUAAAAACAAUCUUCGCAAGAAGACGGACUGAUUUUAUGACCUCUGAUUGGGGAUAUUUAACUUUCCAUUAAAUCAGUAUACUGGGGUGCAACAUAUCUGGAGGAGAUAUUUGGAUACAAAGAGAACGUGUUUUUAAAGUUGAAGACCAUAUUGGGAAUUGGUGUAAUGAGCUUCACUACACGUAGUAGUGCCACGUUUUUAGCAGAAUGUUGCUUCCUGUUGACAAAGACAAGAGUGCUCUGAAGAUCAUCUGUAGGUGUCUUUCACAAGAUGGAACGAAUAUAUGUUACCAUGCUGGAACUGGUCCUCUGAUGUCCAUCUAUAUCUAGUGGCUAACUCACAGCAGCUGAAAGAUGUUGAGAAGAAUGACACGGGUUACGUUAUAGUUCAGCUUCCACUCUUGUUUAAUAUCACAAUUUCCACUUUUAUUGAGCCGUAUGAACUGAGCAGUUGAUGGGAAGUGUGCAGUGAACAGGUCACGUGGCCUUUUUACUUGCAGUGGUUUUAUCAUGUGACCCAUAAACUGCCACGUGUAAUCAUCAGUCAUGUGCCUGUAAUAGAUCAUGUGACCAUUCAAAGUGCUCUUGUGACCUCUCCAAUGGUAGCAAGUCAUAUAAAUGUGAAAUGCGCCUGAAAGCAUCCACUCCUCCUUUGGACUAUUCCUGUGCGCUAACAAUUAGACGUGUCUUCUUUUGACGUACUCGGCUGACCCAGUAUAUUGAUAACAAAUCCAAUGCUUUUCUGCGUUCCGUGGCGUUUAAAUGUCUGUGGUACUGAUUAUGUCACACGGCAGUGCACAGAAUCAUUGUGUGACUUGCUGAGAACAUUUUGUCUGUUGUGAUUUUUGUUGUAUCUAAAAGGUAGCAUUAAUUUUGAUUCUGAUUUGUCAUUUUGUAAAAAUUUUAACAUGUUGGGAAUUGCUGACAAGCCACCUGAUGAUAAUGCCGGUACACCCACCUGAAACCAUUGUUUUGUGCUCCCUAUCAUUUCGGACUGAGAAGAGGCUGCUAGAUUAGCUGAAACAUUUACGGCCAGUUCACACCAGAGAACGGUGCUGGAAAGGCGCGUUCUGUGUGAAAUCGCACCUUGUGAGCACGUGCAAGGCGCACGUGGGUGCUAAUUGUUCAUGGCACCCCAAAUGCAUCUUGCACAUUUGCGGCCGCCAAACUGCAUAGUGCCACAGUACCAUGCGAUUUGACGUGGUGCAAUUACCAAAAGUAGUACUUGCACUGCUUUUUGCAUGUUCCAGUGCGUUUUGCAGACUGUUCAAUUGAAUGGGCUGGCAAAACCGGAAUGCAUGGGAACGCACACAUUCCAGUGUGAACCAGCCCUUACUGCAUCAUUUUGUAUAAGUCACUUUGAGGCUUAUUUAUCCUAUGCCAUGGGUGCAGGUGGAAAACCAUGUGAUGAAGGGGGUGUUGCCUAGUAAAACUAGGGGCUCUGCUGUCUGUCCAGAUAUAUACAACACAAUAUACAUAGCCCCAUGUGGAUCCUGCCUACUGCCAGCUUUCUCUGGCCUUCAUAUAGUAAUUUUGCUAAAGAAGAAAUUUUUCACAAAUCCGUUUUAUAAAUCUGCCUAUAUUAUACUUAUUUGUGAUGAGGUGUUCCCUGAUUAGUCAGCACCUCCUUGGACUUUGCACCCCUUUAGACUUUUUCAACAGAAGUGCCAAGGGCAGUGUUUUCCAGUUUCCUGUAUCAACCAAUCAGAAAUCGGCUUUCAUUAGUGCCCUUGCUACCUGAACACUAAGCUAAAUUAGCUAUAUUUUUGUAAAGCGGAGACUAUUUUAGCAAGUAGGCCUCACACACACACUCGAGCUCAAAACACUGCUUUUACAGGCAUUUGAGCUGUUUUUCUCUGCCUCUAAACUCCCCUCCAUGUCCAUGCACACUGUAGGCGUUUAGAGACCGGAACAAACUCACUUGUGUAUUCAACAGAGGAGCGUUUUGGCAGGAAAAAUACCUGACACGCCUAAACGCACAAUAACGCCAGACUUUUUUAGCACUUGAGCAUUUUUUCAUUUCGGUGGCGAGAAUAAAUUCAUAUUCUGGCCAAUGAAAUGAAAAAACACCAAAGCGAUUGACGCAAUUAAACAGGCUUGGAAAAAAUGCAGCAUAGGAGUGUUCUUGCAGCUGCUUUUAUCCUGCCAGGAGAAAAGCAUUUAGAAGAGCCCCAAUGUUCAUGAGGCCUUAGUGCAAGUACCUCCAUAUGGUCUUCAUACUGGCUUCCUGUAAUACACUGCACAGUAUGAUUCAUAUGAGCCAGUAGUAAAACGUUAGAUUGGCAGCCUGCAUACAGCAAUAAAGCUUGAUUGGCCCAUGGUAUUUAAAAAGGAUAUUGAAUCAACAUUCAAGAAGGUCCUGUCCAUUGAAGUUUCUUCCAGAAGAGGUCUGAAUUUCAUGUUUGUGGAAUGUUGGGUGACCCCAUCAAAGUGCCCCAUAUCGGGUGUCCCCCCUCAGAGUGCCACCCUAAAUCAGGUGUGCUUUUCAGUGUCGUCCUACAUCUGUUUUCUCCACAAGAACCCCCUUAUAUCAGAUGUCUCUAUCGCCAUACCCCUUGUCUGGCCCUUUACAUCAGAUGUCCCCCAUUACCGUGCCACCUUACAUCGGGUGUCACCAUUGAAGUUGAAUGAUGCUGGCCAUCAUUUAAUCUGAAAGGCUGAGGACAUAAAGUGGCAGAAAAAGUACUGCAUAAGACAGCUGCUGGUUAUAGGUACUUUUGCAGCAAAAGCUGCUUUUUUUUUUUACUUUAAUUCUGUUUUAUCCCUAUGAAGGCUGACCUCUGGUUGCUACCGUCUACUGCUAAACACUGAUUUUUGCGCUGUAUUGUAAAACAUGUGUUUUGUUACCAUGGUGAACAGAGGUUUUGGAGAUACGGGCGAGCUGUAUUUCCUGUAGGAAAUAAAAGCUGCCGGCCAUGCUAUCGGUUAUUGUAACCAUAUGAGUCCUAAAAUGCAGAUUUUGUCUGAUAAACAAGCCUUGCUGUAACGUGUCCUGUACAUGAUGGGGAGGGAUGGUUCACAAGUCGAUCCCAGCCUACUGCAAGCAGUUCAUCUCCGCCUGUUCUCUCCGUCUGUUUGUAAUGUGUACGUCUGCUUAUAGGAAAUACCAAAGAUGGAAAAGGUCUGUUUUUUCAAGAUUUUAAAAGGGGGGGGGGGGUUCAGACAGAUGCAAAAAGGGAGCCAUCUCUGUCUUUAAGGAAAGGUUGAGAGAAGCACUUGUUACCCAUUCAUACUGCCCUUACCACGACUUGUUAUACCACAAUUAUUGGUUGGCGCAAUGAGGUACCAGUCAUUUCAAGUGGCACCCUAAUUGUAUUGCAUUGCAGUGGAAUAUGCACAAUACCAUGGGUUGCAAUGUGCUGCCAUCAAAUGGGAGCAUGCACCACGUUUUGGCAGUGCAAUGCAUGUUGCGUGCUACAGCGCAUGUACAUCAGAAUGAAUGGCACCAUAUAGCACCAACGCAAUGUGUUUUUGGGUAGAUGCUGGUGGAUUGUGCAUUACCUGCUGGGUAAUUUUAAUCCAGGGCUCAGGUUGAAGAAUGUCUGCUCCUGGGUUUCCAGCUCCAUAAUUUUUCUUGUUGAUUUUGUAUAUGGAGAAUUGUGAGACUAAGUAAUUGAAUAUCACCAAUUGAUCCUUUGAGAGAUGUCAGUUCAUCAGGUGCCACGUAGAACUGAAAUGUAAUUUUUUGUAUUUUUGGGGGUGGGCAUGACCCUUUCUACAUCACAGUACCAAUGCACCCCUUUAUAAGGAAUAUUGGUAGUUGAUGCAUGUAAAUGGCAGAAUACUGAAACCACUAAUGAAGAAUCCUGUGAUCAGUUAGACUAGGGUUGGGUCACCAGCUUCUCUCUAGCUCGCAAGAAACGGGCCCCAGCACAUUCUCGCAGGGAGUGUUGGGACUUGUAUUUCACCAGCAGCUGAAUGUGAAUCUGCUGGCUGCCUAGACCCAAGCUAGAUGGCGUCCUUUGUGGGACUUGCUGUGCACAUGUGUUUUUAAAGUAUAAUAUAAUUCUAUAUAUAAAUACCAAUAAAAUUGAGCCUGUGGUUUAUAUAAAGAUUGUUUGGUUCUUUUCAGAUUUUACCUAUUGUAGAAAUAAAUUUUAUGUUAAUUAUUUGACUUUA